GUUUUAUUAUCCUAUUCGGAGGAUUCCGUAACGCGGACGAGCAUUUUUACAGAGUUCCUUAUCGUUUAUCAUUAAUUAUGUCGACGCUUUAACCGUCGAUUCAACCUUAUAAUCACUUAAUAAUAUUUAACUCUAUACUUCAAUUUAUAAUAUCAACUUCUUAGUUUAAUAUUUGCAGUGUUUACACUAUAAAUUUUUCAAUCUUGUAUCAUUAAUUCUGAGUUAAUUAAAGUUUAAAGUCUUAUAGUCAUGGUGGCAGCUGUGUGACGCUGAGUUUGUGUCAAAAUAAAUGCCAACAAUUUAACAAUAAUCUGUUAUUCAAAUUAAAAUACAGUAUAUAUUGCCAUAUAUUCUCUUUUUUUUAGACAUAUCAUAACUUAAUAUGUGGAUGUAGAAAAUAUUACGGUUCACAAAAAAUACGAAUAUAUACUACAAAGGUCACUCAUCCAUAGAAGUACUUUGUUCUCACAAAAGCAAACCAGUCGUCGAGCAUUUUCAACAAAAUUACAUACUGCGUCAUCGUUCACUAUUAUGGCGAUAUGGGCUCUGAAUAAAAAGAAAGGUGAAAAUGAAUUAGUUACUACGAAAGAAGUUUUACUAGGAAAAGCUGAUGCAUUAUUCGAUCAAGAAAAUUAUAAGGGAAUAUAUGAUCUUUUAACAAAUUACAGGGAUAGUGAAGAUGUUGAAAUAUUGUGACAAUUGUCUAGAGCAUUAUAUAAAAUGUCGAAGACAGCUACCGAUAUACAAGGGAAGAAAAUGAUUUAUGAAGCAUAUCAUUUAAUAAAUAAUGCGCUGUCGAUAAAAGAGGAGCAUUGGGCUAUACAUAAAUGGAUGUCUGUUAUCCUUAAUAGUAAAUGCUCUUACGAAGGAAUGAAANGAGCUGUAGAACUUAAUCCAACUGACGCUACAACCAUGUACAUGUUAGAUACUUGGUGCUACCAAGUUUCUGAUCUGGCAUGGUACCAAAGAAAAGUUGCAUCUGUAAUAUUUGGGGAACCACCGACUUCAUCGUUCGAAGAAGCUUUAAAAUACUUCCAAAAUGCAGAGGUAGUUGAUCCUAACUUCAACAGUCACAAUUUACCAAUGCUGGGAAAAGUUCUAAAAUUAAAUCAGGAGGAAGAAUCGUUGAAGUAUUUAACCCUUUGCACUCGAGUGGCGACUCUGAGGCACCACUGAGAUCGUUGUAUCACUUUCCAAGAUCAUUUU